GGAUCUUUGGGCAGGUGGGGAGUCGGGGCCAGUGAGUGAGUGUGGAGUGGGGGAAAAGAUGUCGUGGCUCAGGUCGGUGUUGCGGUGCUUGGUGGAGCUGCUGGUGCUGCCGGCGACCAUCCUGUGCUACGCGGGGCUGUGGGACCCGCUGUACAAGCGCUUCUUCCCGCACCUCAUGUGCUCCUUCGUGGCCGACAUCAACAGGAGGAUGGCGAAGGUGAAGAAGGAGCUGUUCGACGAGCUGCCGGCCUUCGCGGCCUCGACUCCGACGGCGGCGCCGCUCAACGUGCUGGAGGUGGGCUGCGGCACCGGCGCCAACUUCCCCUUCUACCCCUGGGGCUGCAAGGUCACCGGCCUCGACCCCAACCCCAACUUCGAGCGCUUCUUGCGCCGCAGCGUCGCCGACAGCGGCCAUGUCGAGCUGGAGAAGUUCGUGGUGGGCAGCGCGGAGGACAUGCGGCAAGUGGCGAGCGGAUCCAUGGACGCCGUGGUGUGUACACUCGUGUUGUGUAGCGUCCCCGACAUCGACCGCGCCUUGAGCGAGAUCCUCCGUGUGCUCAAACCGGGUGGCGGGUUUUUCUUCAUCGAGCACGUGGCUGCCGCGAAGACAGGGUGGCUGCACUUCUUUCAACACGUGGUUCAGCCAGCGUGGCGUUACUUUGGCGACGGCUGCAGCCUGACCUGCGACACUGAGGCGCACCUCGAGAAAGCCAAAUUCUCCAAGCUGCAUUUGAAGCACAUCUCGGAGCCGAUGGCCUUCAGGCUGAUCAAUGACCAUGUUGUUGGGUAUGGAACCAAAUGAGAAAGUGGGCCACGUGACUACCUUACCGAAGGUGUUUAGUCUCUGGAUUACGUAUUGUCAAUCCUAGCUGAAUUUAGCAUUCAUCAGUUAAUUUCAAGAGUUGCUUUGAUUAAUUUUAAUUCAGUCCUGUUAAGUCGGUGUGUUAUGUAGUGAGGUGCCGCAAGGCUCGGUGCUGGGACCGCAGCUAUUUACAAUAUACAUCAAUGAUUUGGAUGAAGGGAUUCAAAGUAAUAUUAGCAAAUUUGCAGAUGACGCAAAGCUGGGUGGCAGUGUGAACUGUGAGGAGGAUGCCAUGAGAUUGCAGGGUGACUUAGACAGGUUGGGGGAGUGGGCAGAUGCAUGGCAGAUGAAGUUUAAUGCGGAUAAAUGUGAGAUUAUCCACUUUGGUACCAAAAACAGGAAGGCAGAUUACUAUCUAAAUGGCGUCAAGUUGGGAAAAGGGGAAGUACAAUGGGAUCUGGGGGUCCUUGUACAUCAGUCUAUGAAAGUAAGCAUGCAAUUACAGCAGGCAGUGAAGAAAGCGAAUGGUAUGAUGGCCUUUAUAACAAGAGGAGUCGAGUAUAGGAGCAAAGAGGUCCUUCUGCAAUUGUACAGACCCCUAGUGAGACCACACCUGGAGUAUUGUGUGCAGUUUUGGUCCCCUAAUUUGAGGAAGGACAUUCUUGCUAUUGAGGGGGUGCAGCGUAGGUUCACAAGGUUAAUUCCCGGGAUGGCGGGACUGUCGUAUGCUGAGAGAAUGGAGCAGCUGGCCUUGUACAGUCUGGAGUUUAGAAGGACGAGAGGAGAUCUCAUUGAAACAUAUAAGAUUGUUAACGGCUUGGGCAUGCUAGAGGCAGGAAACAUGUUCCCGAUGUUGGGGGAUCCAGAAACAGGGGCCACAGUUUAAGAAUAAGGAGUAAGCCAUUUAGAGCGGAGAUGAGGAAACACUUUUUCACACAGAGAGUGGUGAGUCUGGAAUUCUCUGCCUCAGAGGGCGGUGGAGGCCGGAUACUUUCAAGAGAGAGCUAGAUAGGGCUCUUAAAAAUAGUGGAGUCAGUGGAUAUGGGGAGAAGGCAGGAACGGGAUACUUAUUGGGGAUGAUCACCCAUGAUCACAUUGAAUGGCGGUGCAGGCUCGAAGGGACGAAUGGCCUCCUCCUGCACCUAUUGUCUAUUUCUGACUUUCCCGAAUCCUAUAUAUCUCUUUUUUUCCCCCUUCUUGCUACCCCCCCUCUAUGCUUCCACCCCACCCCUCAUCUCCUUUCUGAAGGGACCUUCCUUUUACCCUGAGACUGUGCCCUCUGGUCUUAGACUCUCCCACUAGUGGAAACAUCUUCUCCACACCCAGGCCUUUCAAUAUUCCAGGGGUAACCUACAUUGGAGACGGGCACAAAAAGCUGGAGUAACUCAGCAGGUCAGGCAGCAUCUCUGGAGAGAAGGGAUGGGUGACGUUUCGGAUCGCCCAUCCCCGAAAUGUCACCCAUUCCUUCUCUCCAGAGAUGCAGCCUGACCUGCUGAGUUACUCCAGCAUUUUGUGCCUAUCUUCGGUUUAAACCA